CGACUACAACAUGGGGGACCUACAAAUCGACUCUUUCGUCUUCGAUGCUCGGCCAUCCUACCCGCUCCUCGUCACCGCCAAACGUUACCUCCAUCCCUCAUUCUCCCCUGAUCCCGACGCGCUGACUCUGGUCUUCGCGCACGCGACCGGCGCACACAAAGAAUGUUGGGAGCCCGUGCUCAAGCACCUGUUGAGCGUGAACGGCAAGGCAAAGAUCCGCGAGGCGUGGUCCGUUGACUGCCCGAACCACGGCGACGCGGCCGUCCUGAACGAGGAGCUGCUGCAGUGGGGCUACGAGCCGAUUUUCUCAUGGGAGAGCCAGUACGCGAAGGUCCUCCACCGCAUCCUCAAUGGUCUGGGCAAGGGCGUCCCGGUGGACUUCUCCUCGCGCCGCCUCGUCGCGAUCGGGCACUCCAUGGGCGCCGUCUCCUGGCUGCUCACCCGCACGUUCUAUCCGCCCCCGCGCUUCGUAUCCCUCGUCCUCGUCGAGCCCAUGAUCCUCGGGCCAUCCUUCACGGGGGGCAGCGUCGCCGAGUUCCUCGAGGGCAGUACGGCGAAGCGGCGGGACGUGUGGGCGAGCAGGGAGGAGGCGUACCUGGCGCUGCUGCCGCGGUAUCGGUACGAUAGGGACGCGAUGGCGUCGUACGUGGAGCAUGCGCUGAGGGACCUCCCGACUGCGCUGUACCCUGACAAGCAGGGCGUGACGCUCAAGUGCACCAAGUGGCAGGAGCUGGCUUGUUAUAGGGAUUAUCAGAGCAACAAGCUGGCAUGGAGGUACAUCAAAGACGCCUGCGCCGACCUGCCCGUCCAUUUCAUCAACGGCGCCGUACACGAUACCCUCCCGAAAGAGCUCAAAGAAGAUACAGUGGUCACAGCUACGGCCGGCCGGUACAAGAGCUGGCAGGAAGUGCAGGGAGCGGGGCAUUUGGCGCCGCAGAUGGCGCCAAAGGGUGUUGCAGAGGCCAUUUUGAAUGUUUUGGCUGAUCCGGACUUUAGUCAUAAGAUGCCGGUAUCAGGCAGCAGGCUCUGA